AUGUUGUCGCGUAAUAUAGUUCUCCAGCAACGGCUGUUUUCAACCGCGAGACCGGUGCUGUCGCACAUCGGUUCGGCCCCAAUCAGAGUGCCUGAAGACUUCAAGAUUGAGAUGAAUGAUCUUUUGCACCCAAAAGUCAUAAGGAAGGGCAGAAAUCAAAUUGUGCUAUCGCAGUUACUCACCUUCAACGGACCAAAGGGCUCCAUGGAUCUGGUUGCUCCAAAUUUCAUACAGGUUGAGCAGCAGGAUGGAAAGAUGAACAUAUCCAUUCCCAAUGCUAAGGACAAGAUCCAGAGGUCUCUCUGGGGCACAUUCCGCACUCUUAUAGACAACAAUAUCAAGGGUGUGACCGAGGGACAUGUUUCUAUGCUGAAAUUGCGCGGCACUGGUUACAGAGCCAUGUUGGAGACGAAACCAGACGGAAAGAAAUGGGUCAUGCUGAAGAUUGGUAAGGCCGAUUUACAAGGUUUGCCUAUCCCAGAAGGUAUCGAGGUAUCUAUCCCAACACAGACAUCGGUGAUUCUCGAGGGAACAAACCUGCAACAGGUGAAUCUCUAUGCUGCCAGACUGAGGAAGUUCCAUCCUCCUGAGCCAUACAAGGGUAAGGGAAUAUACAUGAACGAUGAGACUAUCAAGCUGAAAGAUAGAAAGGUGAAAUGA